AUGGUUAUAGCCAAGAGGUUAUCAGACGAAGAUACAGAAGAGGACAUCAGAGAAGCGUUCAGUGUAUUCGACAAGGAUGGCAAUGGUUACAUAACACACAAGGACCUCCAGACUGUUCUCACAAAACUUGGGCUCGAUAUGGCAGUCGAUGAGAUCGAGGACAUGAUAACAGAGGCUGACAAUGACGGUAACGGCAAAGUCAGCAUAGAAGAUCUUUUCAAGGAGAUUUUAGCUGAGGAAAAUCUCGACUUGAGGAAAUCUCAAGUUGAGAUGGCGCCUGGUGUUUACGCAGUAGUGUACUUCAUGUUGUUUUUGGUGUAUGUCCAUUCCUGGAACUGA